AUGGUUGCUGCUCUUCUCUGCUUCAUGUGGGCGUUUACAGCUUUAGGUCUUUCAAACUUACGUUAUAGUGAAGCUGGAAGCUCGAGGAAUAUCAUCAUUGUCGGGUUAUCGUUGUUCUUUUCUCUCUCUGUCCCAGCUUACUUCCAGCAGUACGGCAUUUCUCCGAACUCGAACCUCUCUGUUCCAAAUUACUACCAACCUUACAUUGUUGCUUCUCAUGGACCCUUCGAAAGUCAACAUAAAGGGGUGAACUAUGUAGUGAACACGCUCUUAUCGACGAUGAACAUGGUGAUUGCGUUUAUCAUGGCUGUGAUUUUGGAUAAUACUGUUCCUGGGAGCAAGCAAGAACGAGGGGUUUAUGUUUGGCCUGAUAGUGAGACUGUAACGAGAGAACCAGCACUUGCUAAAGACUAUGAGCUGCCGUUUAGGGUUGGGAGGUUUUUCAGAUGGGUCAAAUGGGUUGGCAUUUGA